AUGCGGAUACGAAUUAUGGAGCCUUCCGCCACGCGAAUCUCAGCAGGAAACGUCCUGGCAGGCGUAGCAGCAGGAGCUUCUAGUCACGUACCCUCUAGAACGAGCGACUGGAGCCACUCCAACCUCUUUUCUGACACGUCAGCGGACUGCGAUUUCAGCGAUGCUGACGAGGACGGGCGCAGCGCGUUCGGCGGCAAAUCACGCGCCGCCAAGUCAGCGUCACGCCAGGACGGGUCGAAGAAGUCUGCGUGGUCGAACGCGCUCUCAUCCAGGUGUGCUGACGUGGCAUGGGGUGGGGCAUGGGGUGUGGCAUUGGGUGGGAAAUGGGGUGUGGCAUGGGCGGCAUGGGCAUUUCAUCUUAUGGCUGAUGACGGAGAGGGGAAUUUGGACUAUGGGGUUAUGGAGGAUGAUGACGUGGCGAUGGGCGAUGCCAGCCUGGCAUCUGCGAGGGCUGCUGAGCUGGCGUUUGGCCGGCGGAUCCGCAGCGGAGGAGGGGCAACAGGAGGAGGAGGUGAAGGAGGAGAAAGAGGGGGUGCUGGUGCUAGUGGUGGUGGUGGCAGGAAAAAGGCUAAGGCUAAUUCAGGCCAGGCCAUUCCUUCUGGUAAGGAUAAACAUGGCGGGAAGAAUCAGACUGGUAGUGGUAGCGGGUGGUCUUAUACAGGGGAUGAAUAUGCCGCAGGCAGAGGGCGGCGUGCGGGCGGCGAUGUGAAGAAGGAAGGGAAGCUGGAGCCUCACGCAUACUGGCCGUUGGAUGCAAAGAUGCUCAAUCGGAGGGCUGGGAAGCUGGCAGCGGCACAGAGGGGAAUGACCAGUGUGAUGGGGGCGGGGGGGAAGAAGGGGGGAGGGGGAGCGGGUGGGGGAGCAGGAGGAGGGAAGGGAGGGAUGGGGAAGAAGCAGCACAAGGGGCACAAGGGGAAGGGGAAGGGGAAAGGAAAGACGUAG